AUGGCUUCCGCUGCGUGCGAGCAAAACGAAAUUUUACUCAUAAAAGGAUAUUCCUGGAGUCGGGAAGAGACCCUUCUCCUCAUUUCCUUGUACGAAGAAAAGCAAGAGAUGUUCCAAAAUGUUAACUAAAAGAAGAAACAAGUCUGGGAAGUGAUUGUGGCGAAUGCAAGUGGAGAGUGUCGAAAUAUUUCGCCGCGGGCUGACCAGUGCGAAGGCAAAUGGAAAGCUCUCACCCUUGGCUUUCGCAAAUGCGAAGAUCAUAACAGUCAAACUGGCAACGAAAGAAGAGAAUGUCCAUUUUACAAGGAGCUAUCGGAAGUGUAUGGCUACCGGCCUAAUGUUAGGCCAUAUGCCACGGCAAGCAGCUCAGGGCAAGGCGACUCCUUAAGGUGUCCUGAGAACGAUUCUGCGAAGUCAGAGAAGUCAAGCGACCAUGAUGUCAAGGAAAGAACACCUGAAACAAGCACAGCUACGAAGAAACGUAAGACAGUGGCAAGCAGCUCUACGACGCCCAAGAAACCUCGGUUGGGCUCUGGUGGACGAAACGAAUGUCUUGCAUGGUUUAAGGACUAUGCAGAGCAGAAACGUGUCGAGGAGGAGGCUCAGCGAGAAAAGGCUGAAAAACACCACAUAGAUAAAAUGGAGCUGCUCUUUGGCAUCUUGGGUGUCCUACAGGAUUUAAACAAAUGA